AUGAGCCUAUCCAAGGCUAUUGGAGUCAUUAGUGGCAUCAAUGAGUUUGGUAACUUGUUCCAGUUGGUCACAUCUGCUGUCUCAUAUAUGCGUUCCAAGUGGAAUGGAUCACAGGAGAAACAACAACUUAAGCAAGAAGAUCUACUGCAGUUGCAAAGUGACCUUCAACGCCUUACUGAUACUCUACCGGCAAUGUACAACCUCAUUGAUCGAGCAGAGUGGAGGAUCCAUGUACCCUCUGUGGCACAGCUCCUUCCAAAACUCAAGGAUGCAGUGUAUGAUGCGGAGGACCUUCUGGAUGAGUUCAGAUGGUAUAAGCUCAAGCUGGAAAUUGAGGGCAAUAACGAUGAAUCCCAGAUGUCUCCUCUCAUUGACUUCUUUCACAGUGUCACUCAUGGAAGCUUCAACAAAGUGACUGAUAUACAGACCAGGUUAGGUCAUCUUUCUGCCCAGCUUGAGAAGAUGGGCAUGCAUGAGGCAACUCCACGGUUUGACAAAUCGGUCAGGCCACCAACAACAUCUUUCCGUACUGAGCCAAACAUACUUGGUCGAGACAAGGAACUGGAGGAGGUGAUGAGAUUGCUUGGUGUACCAGCACCAGACCAUGGUAGCAGUAGCAGGUGCAGGUCUACUUCCAAACGGAAGAGAACCGCUUCUAGUGCAGCCGAUAGUACUGAACCAAUAAGGAUACCAUCUGUUCCUGUUUUGCCAAUAGUUGGGAUCGGGGGUGUUGGAAAAACUACUUUGGCCCAAGAGAUUACUACACUUCCAAGUGUUAAAUCCCACUUUGACAAUAAUAUCAUUUGGAUUUGUGUCUCGGAUGACUUCGAUGAGGAGAGGUUUACUAAAGUUCUCAUAAAAUCUCUAUCUAGAAAAGAGGCAACGGCCGACAUUUGGAUGAUCUUCAACAAGUUCUUGCUGAAGAAGCUGGGAAAAAAGAUUCUGCUCAUCCUUGAUGACAUUUGGCCUGCUGCCUUGAAUGAUGGGCAGCGUUGGAGGAAAUUUUGUGCACCUCUCACAAAAGUACUUAAGGGAAGUAUGUUGUUGGUGACCACUAGGUUUGCAAAGGUUGCUGAUAUAGUGGGCACGAUGGAGUCCUUUGUAUUGGAAGGCUUGAAAGAAGAUAGAUGCUUCUCAUUUUAUUCUGUAUACCCCAAAGAUCACAAUUUUAAGAAGGCUAUUCUAGCUGAAAUUUGGGUGGCAGAAGGAUUGGUGGAACCUCAAGGUAGCAUUCCACUUCAACAUAUCGGUGAGCAGUACUUUGAAGACCUUGUAAAUUUGUCCUUCUUCCAUAAACUCCGUGGUAAAUAUGUGAUACAUGACCUGAUGCAUGACAUGGCACUUCUAGUAUCCAAGGACGAGUGCUUCAUUGUAAAGAAUACAAGUGGGAUAGAAAAAGUUCCUCCAAAUGUUCGCCAUCUGUCGAUACUAUCAAGCAGCGGUGUUAAGUGUUCUGACUUAAUGUGCCUGGGCAAGCACAUAAAGCUGCGCACCCUGCUUUGCAGCAAAAAUCGCUGUUUCAAUGAAGUUCCUUCAUCAUUCUGGAGCCUCUAUAACUUGCAGAUUUUGUAUGCCAGGAAAUGCACAUUUGAAAGAUUGCACAUAGGUGCCAGUAAGCUGAUCAAUCUGCAAAAGUUUGAAUCACGUAUCCUUGAAAUGAAAGUUGAUGCUAAGGAGUUGGGAGAGCAAAUUGGGUUCAUAAACAGUUUUCCAGAUAUAAAAGAUUUGGUUAUACAUAACCUAGGCGCAAUAAGCAAGGAUCAUGCAGCAAAGGUGGAACUUAGGAAGAGGAAAGAUCUUACUAGUUUGACUCUGAGUUGGUUUUCAUUCAUAUCUCCAGAGCACAAUGAGAUAGAAGUGCUUCAAGCACUACAACCUCCAACCAGUGUGGAAUCUGUGCACAUCGAGGGUUAUCAAGGUGAAUAUCUUCCAAGCUGGUUUUCUGGCUCCGAUGGACUCAAUGCCAUCGACCUUGAAGAACUGAAGGUGUACAAUUGUCCAAACAUCACACAUCUUCUGCUGGCGCUGUCCAUAAGAAAACUCGAACUGAAUUGCAGUUCCCUCACCAUCUUGCAUCUAUCAUGUGACCAUCUGGCAUCCAUCGACCUACAAAAGUGGAGCCUUCCAGUGCUACAGGAGCUCAAGAUCAGUAACUGUCCAUGUCUGAUAUCUAUUAGAGUCGGGGUGGCCACUGACCUUUACCUUGGAUGCAGCACUGGGAAGUUCCCGUUCCUCACUCACCUAACUGUCGAACGCUGCUACAAGCUGGAAACUCUUGAUGACCUCCUAACACAUGAACAUCUCCCUGACAUCAAAGAUCUGACCAUUUUGUUUUGUCCACGGCUCAACUGGAAAAGUGGAAUGAUGUUGCCGUCCUCCAUCCAAAAGCUCAAUUUAUUUGAAUGUGGGAAUCUCUCUCGCAGCUGCCUGGGGAGCCUCACAUCGACAUCCCUGCAACCACUAAGUGGCUAA